CACGUGUUCGACUAUGGAGUGAUGACAUCGAGCGUGUUUCUAUGUUCAAUUUCUGUUAAAAUUUUGUUAAUUUUUUAAAUAUAAAUUACAAAAUAAAUAAAUUUAGAUACGUAAUAAUAAAUUUUUAUAGUUGUUAUGGCCGAAACCGGUGCCGCACCUAUCAAAAAGGAAUUUUUGCUACCAAUACCUUGUCGGCAACUUAAUUUGGACUACGUCACGAGUUCCGACAAGAAGAAAUUACUGUCUGAGGUGGAGCUGAACGGAGAAAAGGAAAAGGGUCCUCCAAGAAAAAAGCUCAAGGGACAGAACAAGAACAGGCCACGCGAAACCAAGAAACCGAAAGCCGACAAACUGUGCCUAAAAUUCAUUUCCGAAGCGGGAUGCCCAUUCGGCGAUGGCUGCUGCUUCAGUCACGAUGUCCGUAAGUUUAUGGAAUCCAAACCGCCCGACGUGCCGGGAUCAUGUUAUCUGUUUGACACGUAUGGUAAGUGCCCAUAUAGCUUCAUAUGUAGAUUUGGUUCCAAUCACAUUUCCGACCAAGGUAAAAAUGUGAUAGACGAGGAAAAGUGGAAGAAAUUUGAAGGGAUGGUUUUUACAACAAAUGUACUAACUAGAGACUUGCAGAUUUCUCUCAGGAAGAGAGAAUAUAAUUUUUCCAAGGCCGACAAUUACCUGAAAUUAAUAACCGGUGGCGAAUUUCGUCGUCUAAUGGGAAGCGAACCCGUCAACUGUGAUAAAACCCAAGUACAAGAACAAAAUGAUGUAAAAGAUGCAAAUAAAUGUGAUAUUAUGAAUUUGUCGGCAAUAAAAAAUGAACGUGCCGAAAACAACGAGAAGACGUUGGUGCUAAAGGCGUGCAUUGAAGUUCAACACGAAACGUUGUCAGAUUUAGAAAAUUUACAAACGACCAAGCAAUUAUCCGGUUGUGUUACAGACGAAGACGUCAUUAAAACUCGCAUUAACGAACAUCGAAAGAUUGAUUUCAAAGGAAAACUUUACUUGGCUCCCUUGACUACGGUCGGAAAUCUUCCAUUUCGACGCAUCUGCAAAGAAUUUGGUGCCGACAUCACCUGCAGCGAAAUGGCCCUGGCUGUCAAUGUCCUACAGGGACAGCAGUCCGAAUGGGCUCUACUGAAACGUCACUCUUCCGAAACUAUCUUCGGAGUUCAGCUCUGCGGUUCAUUUGCAGACAUUAUGACACGCUGUGCCCAGUUGGUUUACGAUAAAACGGAUGCAGAUUUCAUUGAUAUUAACAUGGGUUGUCCAAUUGACCUGAUUUAUCAAAAAGGUGCGGGAUGUGGCAUGAUGGGCCGCGUUAAGAAAUUGGAGGAAAUUAUAUUUGGAAUGUCAUCUGUAGUACCCAUUCCACUCACCGUGAAAAUGCGAACGGGCAUCCAUGAAAACAAGAACAUCGCGCAUAAUGUCAUUGGCCGAAUGCAUAGCUGGAGGGACCGAAUCGAUCUAAUCACUCUACACGGCCGAUCCAGAGAACAGAGGUACACAAAGUUGGCCGACUGGAAUUACAUCGAUCGUUGCGCCAAACUGGCCGACCCCAUUCCGUUAUUCGGAAGUGGAGACAUUUUAUCAUUUGAAGAUGUCGACGAAAGAUUAAACAACACUAGUAUAUCUGGUGUGAUGAUAGCGAGGGGUGCGCUCAUAAAACCUUGGAUAUUCGACGAAAUAAAAGAACGGCGUCACUGGGACAUUUCUUCUUCCGAACGCUUUGACGUAAUCAAACGUUACGUUAAUUACGGACUGGAACACUGGGGAAGUGAUACCGAAGGGGUCGAAAAAACUAGACGAUUUCUGCUGGAGUGGCUUUCUUUUGCACACAGAUACAUACCGAUUGGUUUACUGGAGAGACUCCCGCAGAAAAUUAACGAACGUCCCUCUCCCUAUCGAGGAAGAAACGACUUGGAAACGUUGCUGGCCAGUCCGAGUUGCGCCGACUGGAUAAAAAUAAGUGAAAUGCUUCUUGGACCCAUUCCGGAGAAUUUCACAUUUCUUCCGAAGCACAAAGCAAAUGCUUACUCGUGAAAUUUGUAUAUGUACAGAUGUUAUUUUAGGAACAAUUUUUGAAUAAUAAUAAAAUCUGUUUCCUGUUGAA